GGUAAAAAUUCGCAAAGGCGCGUGAAAAAGUUGGUGCGCUGAAAAAUAAACAGAUUUGAAGAGUUGAUGUCGCUGAAGCCAGUCGAAAACACAGUGGAAAGUGCCGGAAAAGUGUCGUCGGUCGACGGGUUGUGAAAUUGGGAGAGAUCUCUACGCGCGUAUCGCGGAAAAACCGUUUGCAUCGGUAGCCUCCAAAAGGCGUGAAAAUUGGGCGCCUUUUGCUUGGCAUUGCGAAAUCUAUCGGUUGAGCAGCGUUUCUGUGCUUUCGGGAGUGCCAAGUGAGUGCCCCGAGGAUUGUCAUCGAACAGUGGGUGAUUCCGAGGCUCGGAAACGCAAAAACAACGCAAACAUGCCCAUUUGCAAGCGGGACGGAUUCGACCUGAAUCAGAAGGAGGGCAAAAACGAAACAUUCCACGACAACGACCAGGUCUUCUGCUGCUACAUCACCAAGCGCAUUUUCCGCGACUAUGAAAACUACUUCCGGCACGUGAUGGUGAUCAACUCGACGGUGUGGCAGUGCGAGGCCACCGGCAAGGAGAACCUCACCUUCGAGGAGGCGGUGAAGAGUGAGCGGGCGGCGCGCAAGAAGAUGGAGCAGUUCAAACAGAGCCUCCGGGCACCCGUGCUCCUGGUGGUGGAGCACGCCCGCCAGUCGGCGAUGAACACGCUCAACAUGAUGGUGGCCAAGUUCCUGCGCAAGCGCUACUUCAUCGGCGAGGAGGUGACGGUGGCGGGCAAGAAGAACGCCGUGUACACGGUGGUGGGCAUCCAGCUGGACAAGGAUGCCGCCGAGCCGGGGAACGGCAUCUACGAGGACACGGACAGCCUGGUCUACCGCCUGCGCCCCCACAAGGGCGACUCCGGCGCCGAGGUGGAGCAUCCCUUCAAGCAGCUGCGUCGCUCGCGCAUGGAGUUCAAUCUGGAGAACCUGAACAUGUUCAUCAAGAGCAACGUGUCCCGCGUGGACGGACUCCUCCGCCCGAAGCCGGAGGCCUACAAGCAGUACGUCACGGAUCCCGGGGUGAGCUUCUCCACGAUCUUCAUCGGCAAGAUGCCGCGCUACUCGCCCGCCAAGAUCAAGAAGCCCGACGCCAAGGACGCCAAGAAGCAGUCCACGCUCAACAAGUUCAUCGUGGCCGACGAGGCGACGGCCGCCAAGUCCAAGGCGAAGGCCAAGUCGGAUGCCAAGUCGCUGGCCGAGGAAAUGGAGCGGGUGAGGCUGGAGAAGGAGGCCAGGCUGAUGGAGCAGGAGCGACAGAAGGCGGAGAAGAAGGCCCAGCUGAUGGAGCGCGUCGAGAACGAGUGCAACCUGCUGCUCCAGAAGACGGACGAUCUGGAGCGAACCGACCAGAAGCUGCUGCCCAGGUACAGGAAGAUUCACACUUUGAUCCCCGAACGUCUUCUGGGCGACGCCUUCAUGAUGCGCGAGUUCAUGCACACCUACACCGGUCUGCUGUCCGGGAUCGAGGUGUUCCGCCAGAACCUCAGUUUCUACGAAAUGACCCGGGCGCUGAGUGCCCGUGAGAUUGCGGGCCCUCUCUCCGACAUUCUCCUCGUGCUUCUGGGCACCGUCUUCGAUCUGCAGAAGGAGGAGGAGGAGGAGUGCGCCGUGACCUACGGUCGUGAACGGUCGUCCCAGCUGCGCGAGCCCUUCCUCAGCAUGGUGCAGGCCGCCAAGAGUCAUCUGUACGCCAGGAGGCACUUCUCCUUCAAGGUAAACGAACUCCCGCUGGACGCACUGACCCUGAGCGAAGUGCUGCGCCUGCAUCUCCUCGGAUCCGGAGCCAUUGUGAACGAGAAGGCGGAGCGCUGGAGGGUGAUGUACCGCAACGGCUACUCCUCGAAGGAGGAUCCCGGGCUGGAGCUCCGCCUGCAGCACGCCCACAUCCUGCGCACCCUGAAGAACCAUUCCGUGUAUCAGCUCAAGUUCAGGGACAUAAUGCUCGUGAUCCGCUGCCUGAUGUCCCAGAUCCUCACCUACUCGGGCACCAUUAAUCUGAUCGAGGAGCGCAUGGAGCAGACGGCCAAGGCCAAGCAGGAUCUGCGAGCUCUGGUUGUAAGUGAGAACAAGCGACUGGCCGCCGUGGAGAUCAACCGCAAGAAGCUCACCCAAACGCACCACCUGGAAAUGAGCUCCGCUGAACCGGAGAAAAGGGAAGCCAUGGUGGAGAAGCUGAACAAGAGCAUUGCGGAGCUGCACGCCCAGUCGGAUCAGCAGCAUCGCAAGCACGAGCAGCAGGUGCUCAAGCUGCACUCGCAGCUGUUCAACUUCCUGGUGUACCUGGGCAUGGACAGGUGCUACCGCAAGUACUACGUGCUGGAGUCCAUGCCGGGCAUCUUCGUGGAGCACUCGCCGGACAGCCUGGACACCUGCCUGGAGCAGCCGCCGGCGAACAAGUCGCAGCUGGAGAUUCGUCAGCAGGCCACGUUGCCCAGAAGUCGCAAGGACCUGAGGCUUUAUCUGCUGAAACUCUACGGAGACGAUGACAAGAAGACCAGGAAGCGGGCCAAGCACUCGCUGGAGAACAAGGAAAACCAGGAGCAUCGCCUCAACGGCAGUGCCGAGCCCAUGGAGGUGGAAACGGAUCCGCCAGAGGCGCCCACCCAGUUUGAGCUGAUGAUGUGCAGCGGCGACAAGCGAAAUUGCAUUGUACAUGAUCCUAUGAACGGCCAAAGGCAGCGGUGGUCUUAUAUAUACAAACACGAGGAGAUUGAGGAGCUCAUCAAGGGCCUAAACUCGAAUGGACUUCGUGAAUUCGAGCUGCUUCAAGAGCUCUCCGUCCUGCGCUCCCUGAUCGAACAGCAUGUGAAGACGUGCCCGGUGGAGCUGCUCAGCCUGGAGAACGAGGCAAUGCGACAGAAGUUCAUCGCGACCAUGGAAUCCGAAACUCACCGCAAAUAUGGAGAGGCAAACUUUGGACUGCCGAAUGGCACCGAUUUAAACGAGGUGAUGCGCCAGCAUUUAGUGGAUCGGAUUAUUCAGUUCGAGAAUGAUAUCUACACGGGCGAUCUCGGUCGCCUGAAGGUGAAGGAUAUGGAAAAGUGGCGAAACGACCUGCUGACUGGUAGCUACGAUCCGCAGUGCAAGUUGCAGUGGGGCCCAGGCGGCAAACUGGAGGAUGAGGCGGGUUCCGACAACGAAUCCCACGGCACUCACGAGGAGGAUGAUGUGGCUCUGCUGGGGAAAUUUGCAAGGAAGCCGUAUCGCGAUCCGGGAUUGUAUCUGCCAGCCUCUGAGGAGGUGGAGUCGCCUUCAGACGAUGAGGAGGAGGAUAAGUCUACCGCCAAUGCUGUAUCCAUUCCACUAGCCGUGCACAACAUGGCCUCGGCCCUCCUCCAGGUGGAGCAGGCCAUCGGAAAGCGAUUCUUGAAAGAGCCAUACGGCAUGAAGAAGUGGGAUCCCAAGCAGGAGGCUCUGCGACUCGCCUGCGACUCACGGCUGCACCAGUGGGAAGUGUCGCUGAUGGAGAGCACCAGCUUCGCCCAGGUCUUUCUGCACUUCAACAUCCUGCACGACUGCAUUCAGUGGCGGAGGUCCACGAACAAGUCCCUGUGCAAGAUCUGCCGGCGAGGCAGCGAUCCCGACAAGAUGCUGCUGUGCGACGAGUGCAACGCGGGCACCCACAUGUUCUGCCUGAAGCCCAAGCUCAGGUCGGUUCCCCAGGGCAACUGGUAUUGCAACGAUUGCGUCAAGAGUCUGGGCCUCAAGAACGCUCAAAACGAGAAGGAUAAGAAGCAGGCGGCCAAGAAGAAGCGCAAGUUUAUUGUGGAGGAGGAGGAGGAUGAGCCUACAGACGACGAGGAGGAAGAAGACGAGGAGCAGGAGGAGGAGGAAGAGGCUGAGGAGGAUGAAGAGCAGAAUGAUGACGAGGAAGUCGAGGACGACAGGAGCGUGGAGUCUCACUCAUCGUCGAAGGUCAACGGGCGAACUUUGAGGGGAUCCCGCACGCGACCGAGCAAGCGACUCACCUCCAAGGAGAUUGAAGAGGCCGCCGGAGAAGAGGUCGAAAGCGUGGAAAUCAGCGAUGAUGCUUCCCUCACAGCCGAUGAAGAUACGGUGGAGGAAUCCGACGACGAGAAAGUGUGUCAGAAAUGUUUCUACGACGGCGGGGAGAUCAAAUGCGUGCAGUGCAAGUUGUUCUUCCACCUGGAGUGCGCCCACCUCAAGCGACCGCCGCGCACAGAGUUCGUGUGCAAGACGUGCAAGCCGGUGCAGCAUCGGCAGCCCAGGCGGCGACACAGCAACAUGAAUGGCGACGAUGGCCCCGAUGAGGAUGAGCCGAAGGCCAAGCGCUCCCGCAACUCUGUGCGCCUCUCCAUCGACAAGUCCGCCCGCCAGAGCAACGGCAGCAACAACAACAACAACAGCAGCACCAGCAACAACAACCACCGCAGGAGCGGCCGUCGGAUGAACGAGAACCUGCCGCUGAACAGCGCCGCCUUGUACGAUCUGCUGGAGCAGAUCAUGAAGCACAAGGCCGCCUGGCCCUUCCUGCGCCCCGUGCUGACGUCGGAGGUGCCCGACUACCACCAGAUCAUCAAGGCGCCCAUGGACCUGGCCAAGAUCAAGUCCAAGCUGAACAUGGGCUCCUACCAGCUGAACGAGGAGCUGCUCAGCGACAUUCAGCUGGUGUUUAGGAACUGCGAUUUGUACAACGUGGAAGGCAACGAGAUUUACGACGCUGGCUGUCAACUAGAGCGCUUCGUGAUCGAUCGCUGCAAGGAUAUGCAACUGCCGUUCAGGCCCAGCGAUAUGAACGGCCAAGUGGAAGCCUGCUGAGCUGCCGAACGCUGAUCUCCGCCCCAGCCGUCGUGUAAAUUAACUAGCCUACUCUUAGCCGUAGUUGCAAACAACAAGCUAGACUUAAGCACAACACACCAUUAAGUAUAUUUAAAGAUGUUCUUUACGUUUAAUCGUCGCCCUUAAGUGCAUGCCAGUUCAAAGUUCAACAAACGCACAAGCAAGAAAAUUCUUAUCUGUUCUGUUGGUUUUUUAAACAUUGUGUAUUUAUAAAUUAUUGUAGACAUUACGAGAAUUCCACAAUCAAUAAAUGAAGUGAGAGAAAGCUAAGUUA